AUGGCCCCGUCCCCGGUGUUUGUCCCCAUGGCCCCGUCCACAUGCCCCCCACUGCCCCCACCAUUCACAGGAGGGCCCCCACCCCUUUUGGUCCCCCUACCCCUCCCAGUGUCCCCGGUGCCUCCCUGUCCCAUCCCACCCCCGCCACCUCCCCUCUCCGCAGGGGUGCCGGUGGCGGGGGUGACCCUGACGGCGCAGCCCCCCGGGGGGCAGGUGGCCGAGGGUGAGGGCCUGGUGCUGAGCUGCACGGCGGGGGGGGCCACGAGGCCCCUCGUUUUCUCCUGGUACCGGGAGGGUCAGGGACCAGCCCCUGGCCCAGGGAUCCCGCUACGAGCUGCCGGCGGCGCGGGCCGGAGGACGGCGGCCACUACUUGUGCCGGGCCACCGACGGCGUCACCACGGCCAACAGCUCCCAGCUGCAGGUCACCGUCGUGGUGCCCGUGGCCGGUGCCACCGUGCGGGUGGCGGGGGACGGAGGCGGCGGUGACGGAGGCGUUGGGGACGGAGGGCGAGCGCCUCAACCUGAGCUGCGCCGUGCGGGUGGGCACGGCCCCCGUGGCCUUCAGGUGGCUGCGGGACGGGGAGGAGGUGGGCGAGGGUCCCCUCCUGGCCCUGGGACCCCUGGGGCAGGGCCACGUCGGCUCCUACCAGUGCGUGGCCACCAACCGGCUGGGCGCCCAGCGCGCCUUCCAGGAGCGCAGCCCCCCCGUGGCCCUCUCGGUGACACCGUGGGGACAUGGGCAGCGGCGGGGACGAGCGCUGGCCGGGGGGCUGAGCGCGUCCCUGCUGGUGCUGCUGGCUGCCUGCGCCGCGCUGGGCUGGUACCUUCUGGUGGCGGCGGCACCCAGCGGCCAAAAGAGCCAGGAGAGGGACCCCGCAGCCCCUCGGUGUCCCCGCGCCCCUUCUGUCCUCAGCAUGGAGACGGCGGAGCCUGAGUACAGCAACGUGUCCCCCCAGGAUGUGGUGUACGCCGCUGUCAUCGUCACGGAGCAGGGCGGGGGUGGCCCCGCGCCCCCCGGUGCCCCCCAGGAGCCCUCCGUCACCUACGCGGUGCUGCCGGGACCCCGCGGUGCCGGCACCCCCCGGGGGCUGUGCCGGGUCCCCAGCGACAGCUACGAGAACGUCGCCUGCGCCUGACACCCCCAAAACAACCCCCCCCCCGUAC